AUGGAACGACGAAACGUUGUAUUCAGUGUUGUGCAAGAUAGAUCGAAGACACAAACAUUUACACCGACUCUUUUUAAAAUGUCAACACAACAACAAACCGCAGAAAAGAGUGUUCAAACACAAGAUCUAUCGGGUUCCCCAACAGUACUAGUUUCAAAUAAUUCCAUCACACAUAUUCAUACUGAAAAUACAGCUGCUGAAGUUGCAAACACUCUUGUUUCAAUGGCUACUGGACGACAGAGAGCAACAACAACUGUCAAACAAUUAAAUGUCAUUAGUGUUCCAAGUCCCACAGCUUUACCAAUAUUAGCAUUGGCCGAUUAUACAACACCUCGUGGUGUACCAACAGCAAUGUCUUUGGCAAAUCAAGCUAAACUUACUCCAACGAAGCAUGAUGAAAUGUUAGUUGGUGAUGAAGAUGACGAUGAUGAUACAUCAAUGUCAACCGACGAAUAUAAUCAAUCACAAAAUGAUUCGAAACCUCGCACGAAAUCAACACGAGGUAAAUCAAAUAAAUCGAUUUCAACAUCAAAAAAACAUAGGCAACAAACAGUUGAACCAAUACAAUAUGGUCCAAUUGUGGUUAAACCUAGAAAAAGUAUUGCGCCCACACUUGCCAAUGGACGAAAAAGUAAAGAUGAACCACUUCCACCUGAUGAAGACGUAAAACGUAGACAACGUCGAGAUAGAAACAAACAAGCUGCUGCUAAAUGCCGACGAAAACGAAAUGACCUCCGCGAAGAAUUAGAAAAGGUUGAAGAACAAUUAUUGGAACAACAAAAAUCUCUUGAACAUACUGUUCAAACAUUAAAUGAUCAAAAAAACCAAUUAGAAAUAUUAUUACAUCGUCAUCCGUGCACGAAAAAAGUACGCUUACCCAUGGCAACCACAUCAACACCUAUGCAUACUCUAAACAUUACAAAAUCCGAUAUAAAAACAAUUUCAACAACAACAUUAUUAGAUUCAAACAAUAAUAGUGGUAACAGUAAGCGUGUUACUAUUAAUUUUACAAAUGCUCAAGAUUUAAUCGCUAUUGCUCCGUUGACACGAAUAACACCUACAUUAACAACAGAUGGUUCAUCCUCAUCAAAUAUGCCUAUGAUCACAAUUCAUAUUAUUCCAGAAGUGGCACAAGCAUUACUCGGCUCAACAUCAGUCGAUAAAGUUAAACUAGCUGAAUUAAUUCAACAAGCUAGUGCCAAUAAUGCAUCUUCAACAACAAUAUCAGAUUCAACAGCCACAAAUACGCCUAUGAACAGUACAAGUUGA